AUGGUAGUGAGGAUGAUCAUGAUGAUACUCAUAGCUGUCAUCAUCGUCAUCAUCUUCUUCAUCAUCAUCAUCGUCGAAAAGAAGAGCGCGCGGCCCCGGUUGGCGCUUUUCUGCCAGCACAGCGAAGCCUUGCAGCAGCCCUCGAGGUUAGACCUGGGUUCCUCCGUUCGGCUCAGCCACCAGCGCUUUGUCCACUUCGACGCUGGCCAAGCAGAAAGCCUGGCAAAGUGGCUGGCCUGCUUUGAGGCGUUGAAGGCAGAACGCACCAGCGGCGAAGAGGAGGCCUCAGAGAGCAAGGUCUCGUCGCCGAAGGCCGCGUACAACGCGCGGAAGCGGACGUUCCUAUACCGCAAGCACAGCUACCGGGCAAGAAAGCCGAAAGCACCUCCUGGGCGAGUGACGGCCUCACUGCCGGACGAGACGUGGGUCGAUGUCGCGCCAAGCCGCUCUGUGGCCUGGCUUUCGGCCUGGCGGAAUGUCCAGGGAUGCGGCAGCUCCGACAACGAGCUUGACAUCCUGGAGCUGCCGGAGGAGGAUUGGAAGCCGGCCGAGCACUUUGCUGCUGAGGGCGUUGAAGAGGUCACAGCCGUCGUGAGGGCGGGGCUCGAGCCAGAGGAUCGGCAGGGUGCCUGGCCACUCCUGGCCGCUGCCGCAGCCAAGCGACGACGCAAAGGUCGACCCUACGACAGCCUCGUCGCGGAGGGCAAGGACUUAGAGGAGAACGAAGCCGUUCGCACGAUCCAGGCCGACCUCCACCGGACUGGCAUGGAAGAUGUAGAUGUUUGCUCUCUGGAGAAUGUGCUGCUGUCGUUUGCAGCCACCAAUCCAGAGAUCGGCUACUGCCAGUCGAUGAGUUUCGUCGCGGCCACCUUGCUCCACUACCUGCCGGAGGAGACUGCCUUCUGGACUCUUUCCGGUCUUUUGGAGGAUGUGCUCCCGGAGGGCUACUUUGCCUCCCGCAUGGUCGGACUUCGAACGGAUCUCCGCGUACUGAGUGUGCUCUUGUCGCAGUACCUCCCUUCUUUGGCAGAUCACCUCGAAGCGCAAGAAAUUGACCUCUCGCCGAUCACGGUGAACUGGUUCCUCUGCCUCUUUCUGAACACACUACCGGCAAAGUGGUCCCAUCGCGUGCUCGACACCGUCCUCUACGAGGGUUCCGUCACGCUUUUCCGGCUUGCCUUGGCGAUCCUCUCUUUUCGGAGCAAAGAGCUCCUGCUCCUGGGAUAG